UUGUUGCAAUGUAGUUGCAUUUUCACUUUCAAUGAUAUCUUUACGCAAGAGAGCUUAUACCCUAUGUAGACAAUUCCGAAAUGCCACACUGGCGAGAAAAGUGCCACACGUACCAUCUUGGGACUGUAUGCACGACCCUGGGUUGUCUCGGGUAUCUCAUAACGUUUAGUGUACCCACGUGGAAACAGACUUACUUAUACCACACCGUCGACUCCCAACAGAGGAUGUACACCACGUCUGGCCUCUGGCUUCAGUGCGUCGGAUGGACAAGAUGCAAACCAUUCGUCACGGGGGACACUAUGUUUCAGAGUGUGAGGUUUGUGGCUAUCAUGGCGCUCACAUUCUCCAUCCUUACAGUCUACAUCAUCUUCCUACACAACUGUACAACAUACUCUAAACGACUGCAGUCAGAAAAUGCCGUCAUCUCCGUCUUCCCUAUUUUCCCAGGCCUUCUGUCAAUAGCAUCGUGUGUACUGUUUCUGGCAAGUCAAGGAACUGUCACGGCUUCGUGGGCCGUGUCUUUAACAUUUAUCAGUGGUGCGUUAUGCAUUGGCGGAGGAAUGAUCAUGUUUCUUGGUCUCCAUUUCGAUAGAUGCAGAGCUUCGAGAACUAUCAGCGUUAACCACGGUGUAAUUGAACUUCAUGUGAUGGCCCACCUGUCUGUAUCUGGCUAACAUUGGCACACAUGACCAGUACCUUGGUGACCUUAUUGGUCACAUUACAGUACCUUGGUGACUUGAUGUGGUGGCACACCUGUCAGAAACCAUGCGAUGUCAUUUGAGGGCUCACCUUACCGGACCUUGUGACGUCAUGUGGUAGCGCACCUGUCAGAAACCAUGCAAUGUCAUUUGAGGGCUCGACUUACCGGACCUUGUGACCUCAUGUGGUAGCGCACCUGUCAGAAAUCAUGCAAUGUCACGUACCUUGUGAUGUCACAUUUAUGAAUAUAUGUGUAAUUAUCGGUGAAAUCAUUUCAUUUUGCAACUAUAGAAUUAGACCCAUCGUAUGUUACAUUAAACAGAAGGAUAUGCCGAACGUUACAUAUAAAGAUAUCGAAUGAAGAUGUAUGUAUGUAUGUAUGUAUGUAUGUAUGUAUGUAUGUAUGUAUGUAUGUAUGUAUGUAUGUAUGUAUGUAUGUAUGUAUGUAUGUAU